AUGACGCUGCUUGAAACGGUUGUCCUCAAUAUCGUUGACGACCACGGCAUCUCGCACAAGGCUCGUGCUCUCCUCGAUUCGGCUUCGAUGUCGAAUUUCAUUUCGAAACCGUUGGCGAAGAUCCUCUUCAGCCGCCGGUCUACAGUGGACUUUUUGGUACUGAAGCAGCCAUCGUCGGAGCUAUCAACUACGCCGAUCGAUAUUUCAGCGUGGAAAAUUCCAAGCGUCGAGCUAGCAGAUCCACAUUUCAAUGUUCCCAGAAACGUAGGCCUCGUCAUCGGUAGCGACACGUACUGGGAACUCCACACGGGACGGAAAAUUUAUCUGGGUGAAGGUAUUCCGUGGGUAUUCGAAACUCUCUUUGGUUGGGCGGUCACUGGUUCCGCAUCGCGCUCGGCUACCUGCAUUCCACGGUUCUGCUACCUCUCCACUGCUGACGAUCGACUGGAAGCCGCUCUACGCAAGUUCUGGGACAUGGAAACAAUUCCAUCGACUCCAGUUCGAUCUACCGAAGAAAGCAUAUGCGAAGAACACUAUGCUGCUACUACGAUGCGCAAUUCCGCAGGGCGGUACAUUGUACGUCUUCCGAGAACUGAAGAUUCCGAAAAGGUUCUCGGAGAAUCAAGGUCGAUUGCCGAUCGUCGCUUCUUGGGCUUGGAACGGCGAUUAGAUAGAAAUCCUGCUACCAAGGAAUCAUACCAUCGAUUCAUGGAGGAGUAUCUACAGCUUGGUCACAUGCAGGAAGUACCAGAGUCUGUAGAUGAUCGAAUUGAACACUCCUACAUCCCCCACCACGUCGUCUUCAAUGAAUCCAGCACUACCACGAAGGUCAGGGUAGUUUUCGACGCGUCAUGCAAGACCUCGUCCGGUUAUUCUUUGAACGACACGCUCCUUGUUGGACCAGUCGUCCAGCAAGACCUCUACUCCAUCUAUACGAGAUUCCGGACAAAACGCAUUGCCAUAGUAGCAGACGUCGAGAAGAUAUGUCCAUCCGAUCCGAUCGUUACGUUCGAACUACAGACCGUGACAUACGGUACGGCUAGCGCACCGUACCUUGCAACGAAGACACUCCAGCAGAUUGCCAUCAACCAGGCGGAGUUCUAUCCUGCUGCUGUCGACCCACGAAACAAAAACAAUCUAGCGGAAGCGGGAGCGCCGGUAUGUAAAAAUGCAAAUAUACUGGACGCAAAAUUUUGUCCGCUAUCGCCGGCGGCCGGAUCAACUAGCAAUACUAUUGCCAGUGAAUUGAAAGAAACCUCAAAUCAACAUUGCUACAUGGAUGUCGAGUUCGUCGAAGAUGAGAUUGCGGAUUCAGACACAUUGCGUAUUCUUAAAGAAAUGGAGUCGUAUGGAAUCACUCAUAACCGAUGUGUUCCGAAUGCAGAUUCGAGUUAUCCCUGGUAA